GCUGCACCAGGCUGUGCGGAGGCCUGUGUCUGUGUGUGUGUGUGUGUGUGUGCGGGGGGUGAACAUGGCUCCUAUCGGUGUGGGUGUGGGCUCGGGCUCCCGCAGACGGGCCGCUCAGUUGCCGGUGGCGAGUCAGCACAAGGGGGAGCGGCCGGAGCCCGAGGAGGAGGAGGACGACAACCUGUGGUCCUCCAUCCUCAGCGAGGUGUCCACCCGCUCCAGGUCCAAGCUGCCGGCCGGCAAAAACAUCCUGGUGACGGGAGAAGAUGGAUCAGGCAAAACUACUUUAAUAGCAAAAUUACAAGGGGUGGAGGACUACAAGAAAGGGAGAGGAAUGGAGUUUUUGUACCUUGAUGUUCACGAUGAAGACAUUGAUGAUCACACACGAUGCAAUGUUUGGAUUUUGGAUGGUGAUACAUACCACAAAGGUCUCCUGAAGUUUGCAAUUACACCUGAGAAUGUAAAAGACACUCUGCUUAUUCUGGUGAUGGACAUGUCACGACCCUGGAUAGCCAUGGAUUCACUACAGAAGUGGACCAAUGUCAUUCAAGAGCACAUUGACAAGCUGAAAAUCCCACCAGAAGAAAUGAAGGAAAUGGAACAAAAAUUGGUGAACGACUUUCAGGAAUACGAAGAGCCAGGAAAAGAAUUACCAGUGUCUCCACAACGAAGAAAUACACCAAAGGAAACGAGCGAAGAAAGCGUGGUUUUACCGCUGGGUUCAGACACACUUACACAUAAUCUUGGCAUUCCCGUCCUAGUAGUUUGCACAAAGUGUGAUGCCAUUGGUCUCCUAGAAAAGGAACAUGACUACAGAGAUGAACACUUUGACUUCAUUCAAUUAAAUAUUCGCAGAUUUUGCCUAAAAUAUGGUGCAGCACUUAUUUACACUUCACUAAAAGAAAAUAAAAAUAUUGAUUUAGUGUAUAAAUACCUUGUCCAUAAAUUGUACGAGUUUCCUUUCCAUUCAUCAGUACUAGUCGUGGAAAAAGACGCAGUGUUUAUUCCAGCAGGGUGGGACAAUGAAAAGAAAAUCGGAAUUUUGCACGAGAACUUCCAAUCCUUAAAAGAUGAUGACAAUUUUGAAGAUAUCAUUAGCAAGCCUCCAGUAAGAAAGUUUGUGCAUGAAAAGGAGAUUUUAUCAGAAGAUGAUCAAGUUUUUCUUAUGAAGCAACAGUCUUUCCUAGCAAAACAGCCACUCGCAACAGGAAGACCAGUGGAUCCUUCAGCAAGAAUGCCUGGAAGCUCUCCCAGGACACCAAGUCGAUCUGGAGCUGGCAAUGUUGUUAACGUAACUCCUAUUUCUGCAGGAAGUAAAAAGAUGGAUCCCAAUAUCAAAGGAGCUGCAAGUGAAGGAGUCUUGGCAAAUUUCUUCAACAGUCUUCUCAGUAAAAAGACUGGCUCUCCUGGAGGAGGUAGCAGUGGUGGUGGUGGUAGUAAUUUACAAGGAUCUGCAAAAAAAGCUGGUCACAAACCUGUCUUAACAGAUGUACAAGCAGAACUGGACAGAAUUGCACGUAAGCCAGAAGCUCUGUCUCCGACCCAUACGUCCCUAACAGAAGAUGAAGCAUCGUGAAAAAAAACUGCUGAUGGUUUAUACUUCUAUGUUUUUUGGCUUUGCCUCUCCCUUUUCCUUCAGUGUGUAACUGAGGAUCACAAACUGGUUUUGAAGUAAAAUGGACUUUAAAAAGUGACAACCAUAUCUGGCUCUUUCAAUGUAUGUAAGAAAACUAUCAAGAGGGGAAUAGAAUGCUGCAAAGAUGAUUCUAGUUGCGGGGGUUUCUCUGAGGGGACAAAGUAAAAGUGAUGAAUGAAAUACUGGGUCUUUGCAUUUGUUUAAGUAAAACUCGUUUGCAGCCAGUGCUGGUGAGUUGGUCAUAUUUGCAAAUAUGGGACAUUAAUGUGCUGAUUAGUCAAUAUGGUGCCUGAAGCAAACUAUUGAAUUUGUCUUGUUGGCCAGAUGUAUAGGAGGAAAAUGCAAGCAUGCAAAAUACACUUCUGAGAAACUUAAAGAUGAAUUGGUGGCCAAAUUGAAAACUGCAGAAGUGCAACACACUUAACUGUUUAAAGUGCUGAACAAAAGGGGAGAAAUGCCUAAUUUUGUAUAGUAACCCACAAUGUUUGUCAACGGCAGUGUUAAAAUUACGAAAAGGGGUAGAGCUUAACUGCCUCAAGGAAUGUACAGUACUUCAACUUGAACUGAUCAUUUUUUUGUUCUUGUUGCUGGUUUAGUACAAUCUUAACCCCAACCCUGUCUGGUUUCUGUAUUGUAGUGCUGUUUCUAAUUACAGAAGGAUGUAAGGAUUGUAAUCCUUUCAUUAAAGUUGUAUUUAUUCUCUGCAACAGAUCUAAAAUAUAUGUUGGUUCUUUAUUUAGAAUUUAGAGGAAAUUCAAUAAAUUUUCAUUCCC